CUGCUAGAAGCUUCGAUGGCGCAGUCGGUGAAGUCAUCGUUGCCAUACGUAGAGGGUGAUACCACCAAUGUUUCUAAACAAGGUCGCUCGUACAAAAUAAUUUUGGAUCAAUGUCGUCUCAAAGGUUAUGAAGCCACAAAGUCGUCGGUGAAAAAUCUCCUGUGGAAUCUCAAUCUCAUGUACAAUGCAAGGAAAAUGGAUUACGUUGAAUCAUGCGGAAGAAGCCUUAUUGUCAUUCUCAAUCUUUUACUUUUUUUGUUUUCCGCCAUUAUGGUGGUGGUCGGCUGUCUGGUGAAAUAUUCUUCACCAGUCUUCAACCGUUACUUCACUCCCAUUAUGGCCAGCGUGCAGCGGUUAGCCACCGAAGAACCCGCCGAGCAUUCCUUGGGCAACAUCAACAUUGCAGAUAUCAUUAACGAGGCAGCUACUGUCGCCAUCGUUCUAGGGACUGUCUUGCUGAUUAUUUCUGUGUUCGGCUGGUGUGGUGCCUGUUGUAAAGUUCGAUGGAUGCUGGCUGUGUAUUGUGGAAUCCUUACGUUGCUCCUUGCAACUCAAAUCACGUUUUUGAUUCUGCUAAUUGUAAUGAGAUCUAAGGUGGAUAUAGCGUUAAAAGAGCCUCUAAAAGAGACGUUGAAGUUCAAGUACCAAGGAAUUACUGGUAAAGACACAGCCAGCAUUUCGUGGAAUUAUAUAAUGAAUUCGCUACAAUGUUGCGGUGUAUACGAUUUUAGAGAUUUUAACAACAGCACCAGCUGGGAUCGAUUCUAUCACGAUCCAAAAUCUAGAAAGACUUACAAAUUGAAAAUACCCAUCGCUUGUUGUAAACUAAAAGGAGAGUACCCAAACGUUCAGCCACCGGAAGAUGUCUCUUGCGCUUUAUACCCCACACGUCAGACAUCAAAUUAUCACCAGGGGUGCUACGACAAGCUUUGGCACACUAUCAGCACAGCAGAAAUUACCAUGAUGGCUGUGUUAUCACUCGCCGCAAUGUCUCAGAUGAUGUUAAUCUUUUUCUCACUCUAUCUCAUUGGGAAGAUCAACAAACAUGAACGAUCAGAAGACUCUUAAGCUAAAAUGGUCUUGAAAAGACGGAACAGCUCAUAUGGCAGCUGACAGAAAACACAAAACAGACAAAUUAUCAUAUUAAGAAAUGAAAGCGAUAUUUUUGUUCCAUUUGUUAUCAUUUCUCUUUGCUUUGUAUUCCCUUAAUCCAGAAAGCCGCUCUGUAUUUCUUCAAAUCAUUGGAAAUUUGCAUAUGUGGAAUUGUUGUUGUAUGACUCAUAAUCUUUCUUCUGGAAAGGUAUUUGUCUUCAUUAAAUUCUUAAAUUAUGAAAAGACCGAUUGCAAUGCUCUGUUUUUCCGUAUGUAACUCAUACAAAGCAACUUUAAACCAAAUAAUUGUGUAAUUGGCUUUAAUAUAAUCAUUUGUUUUUGUUUAUUGUAAUCAUGAUCCCACCAUGUUAUUCUGUCAUCGUUAUUUUCGAUGGAUCGCCUCUUGGUAAAUAAAGUGUUAAUUGUAAAAUCAUGUCAAGAUGUAUGUAA